AUGCCUACACUCAGGCGCACUAAAAGGCGACUUAGAGAUCGUCCGGACCUUUCAAGAAUCCACAAUGACCAAAUCCAGAAGCUAGUUGAGGCAGGAUAUGUAAAGAAACUCACCAAGGAGGAAGUGGAGAAAUCAGAAGAAUCCUGGUAUUUUCCUCACCACAUUGUUGAACACAAUGGGAAGUUUCGCCUGGUAUUUAACUGCUCCUUUGAGCACAACGGCCAAAUCUUGAACAAGCACCUUCUGCCUGGGCAAACAGUCGGAUCAUCACUGCUGGGUGUCUUUCUUCGGUUCCGGCAGCAUGCAGUUGCGAAAUCAGGAGACAUAAAAGCCAUGUUCCAUCAAGUAAGACUGCUUUCUCGUGACAAACCUCUUCUGCGUUUCAUUUGGCGAAACAUGGAACAUGAUCGCCCUCCAGAUGUGUAUGAAUGGCAAGUCCUACCAUUCGGCACCACCUGCUCGCCAUGUUGUGCCAGCUAUGCUUUAUGGAAACAUGUCUCGGAUCACAAAGCUGGCAAUGAAGAAGUACUCAAAUCUGUAGAGGAAUCAUUCUAUGUUGACAAUUGCUUGCAUAGCCUACCUACAGCAACAGAAGCCAAGGAACUUGUACGGAAAAUGAGAGACUUGCUUGCACAAGGUGGUUUCAACAUUAGGCAGUGGACCAGCAAUAUUCCAUCCGUUGUGGCAGACCUUCCGUCCGAUGCUAGAUCGGAAAAUACAGAACUUUGGCUUACCUUCGGCCAGGGUGACUCACUGGAGCCAGCCCUAGGCUUGCGUUGGAACUGUGAAUCUGAUGAGCUCACCUACAAACACAGAACCAUAGAGUAUGAAGAGCUUACCAUGAGAGUGAUCUACAGGGUUCUUGCUAGUCAGUAUGAUCCCAUCGGCUACUUGGCACCAUUCCUUGCACGAGCCAAAAUCAUAGUACAGGACUUGUGGAAGUCAAAGAGAAACUGGAAUGACCCUAUAGAAAAGGGGGACAUCUGUGAAAGAUCUAGAGCUAGAAGAAAUCCCAAUGAUCACUCUACCAAGGUGUUACACACCCCAUAG